UCAUCCAUCUGAGUGUUCAGGAAUUUCUGGCUGCUCUUCAUGUCCAUAUGACCUUCAUCAACUCUGGACUCAAUCUGCUGGAACAACAACAAACAACCUCCCAGAAGUCUGAAACAAGAGCAUCUGCAGAGAAACACUUCUACCAGAGUGCUGUGAACAAGGCCUUACAGAGUCCAAAUGGACACCUUGACUUGUUCCUUCGCUUCCUCCUGGGUCUUUCAAUGCAGACCAAUCAGACUCUCCUACAAGGCCUGAUGACACAGACAGGAAGUAGCUCACAGACCAGUCAGGAAAUAGUCAAGUACAUCAAGAAGAAGUUCAGUGAGGAUCUGUCUGCAGGGAAAAGCAUCAAUCUGUUCCACUGUCUGAAUGAACUGAAUGAUCGUUCUCUACUGGAGGAGAUCCAACAGUCCCUGAGUUCAGGAAAUCUCUGCACAUAUAAACUGUCUCCUGCUCAGUGGUCAGCUCUGGUCUUCAUCUUACUAUCAUCAGAAGAAGAUCUGGAUGUGUUUGACCUGCAGAAAUACUCUGCUUCAGAGGAGGCUCUUCUGUGGCUGCUGCCAGUAGUCAAAGCCUCCAACAAAGCUCUGCUGAGCGUCCCUGAUCUCUCAGAGAGAGGCUGUGAAGCGCUAUCCUCAGUUCUCUGCUCUGUCCUCUUUUCUGAGAGAAAUGAAGCUGAGUAUCAACACUCUGCCGGAUUCAGGACUGAGGCUUCUGUCUGCUACAGUGGAGAGUCCACAGUGUACCCUGGAAAUGUUCAGGAUUCAGGAGUGAAGUUUCUGUCUGCUGAAAUGAAGAGUCCACACUGUAAAAUGGAAAGUCUCAGUCUGUCGGGCUGUCUGAUAACAGAUGAAGGCUGUACUUCCCUGGCCUCAGCUCUGAGUGCCAACCCUUCCCAUCUGAGAGAGCUGGACCUGACCUACAAUCAUCCAGGAGACUCAGGAAUGAAGCUGCUGUCGGCUGGACUGAAGGAUCCAGGCUGGAGACUGGACACUCUCAGGUAUGAAGAGGAUGUCUGAUAGAGGAGGAAGAGCUGGAAACAUUUCCAGUGUCCCUCGUUCACUUACCUCUUGUCGGUUCAUGUGACAUGAACUGAUCAAUAAGGGGUUUUAAUGUUUUAGGUCUCCAGGAAGAACUUCUGCAGGAACAACUUGUAGAUAUCUCAGGAUAUUGAACAUUAAUCUUUGUAUAGAGAGGAAAUGAGGAAAAAGGAAAUAUAGAGAGGAGAGGGAGUGUUUGGUUGGUGAGAGACAAGCUGAUUGGACAGUGGGUGAUUGGUGUCAGGAUUGGUGGCUUUUUGAAUUGUUACUGGUAUUGCUGCUGAUGGUUGUUUUUCAGAUUAAGGAUUUGGAUUAAGAAUUACAGACAUGUAAAGAAAUGGUGGUAGAGGUACUGACCGACAGCUGUAUAGGUCUGGACGGGUACCCUUGCCUGUUUUUCUAAGGUUCUGACAAAGAAAGCAGCCAGUGCUUGUGACCAGCUGGAACUAGAUGUGUGGAAUAGCAGGGUAUAGAAGGUGUUGCUGCCUUCUGAAAAGUGUUUCGAAAUACCUGAUGAAGAAAGUGAAGAAAACAUCAAAGACUGAGCAGAAGAAACUGGCAGAGGCAGUUUUCACAUGUUACCUGAGUACAGGAAACAUGGCUGAGGAUAGAGAAAGGAUGAAGGACUGAAUGCUCUGCUGCUCUUCGACAAUAGAAUAUGGCAGAAAGCUGGAAAAAGCUCAUAAUAAUUCCAGUUAUGAAACCACAAGAAGGACCCCACAAAGACCAAAGGUUAUAGGUCCACAGCUCUAACUUCUCAUCCAGGGAAAGUCAUGGAAAGAAUGACAGUGGACAGACUGAUGUAUGUGCCUGAAAGAAGGCACCUUUUCAGGAGGGGGAGGAAUACCAUGGACCCAGCAGUCUGCUUAGAAUCAGAGAUAAGAAAAGCUCAGGUGGUCAAAGAAAAGUGAUGGAAAUGAUGGAAAUAAAUGAGUUGUUGGCUAAUAUUCUGUGCUUGCUAACAGUAUCACAUACCCAGGCGUAAUCUGUCAUCUGUUAACAAGUCCAAAAUCAACUAAUUUGUUGGUGGAUAAUCCACUAACAUGUUUUAAUGUGGCGUGAAAGCCUUCUUACACUUGGCUACGCAGAGACAUUCUGUCCAUAAAAAUUGCAAACAGGAUCAGUGACAAGGAGCAGCCCUGGUCAACCACCCACUGGAAACAAAUUCAACUUAUUACCAGCUAUGCGGACCAAACUCUUCCAAUUGUUCCAUAAGGAUUGAAUGGCCCAUAGUAAUGGCAAUAUUUUUUUUCAUCGUUUUGAUGGUCACUGUAGUGGCUUUAAUUUCUUAAAGUUCUCUCUUUCUCUUAUAUUUAAUAUAACGACACUACGGACCGACAAGCGCCUGUUUUUAUGUGUUGUCGUUAGCAACAAUGAUGGUAAAACCAUUGCGUGCCCGCUUGUUUAUUUUCUAUAUAAACCUUUCAC